GGCCAGACCGUCGGCGUCGACAUGGAGUGGCGCCCCUCGUUCAGCACCAUCGGAGGGAAGCCGCGGGUCUCGGUGGUUCAGCUGGCGAUUUGGGGCCGCGUCUUCCUCUUGGACAUGUUCCGGCUGCUCCAGGAGGGGGGAGAGGAGGUGCAGGCCUCUCUCUGCGGCUUCUUCCAGAGCCUCCUGGGCAACCCAGCCAUCUUGAAACUAGGUUACGGGAUGUCGGGAGACCUGCGUAACCUCAUGGCAACCUGUGGCAUUUCCAGAGAUGCGAACCUGCAGCUCUGUGGAAUUCUGGACCUCCAGCUGGUGCACCAAAAGUUGCCUAAGCGCUCCAAGAAGAGCUGCCAGCCAGCACCGGACCCCUGCCCGGCAAAGGAGAAGGCCUGGGGAGGCAGGCUCCCUGAGAAGGGGCUCAGCCUACUGGUGCAGGAGGUCCUGGGCAGGCCCCUCAACAAGACGGAGCAGCUGUCCAACUGGGAGAAGAGGCCCCUUCGGGAGACACAAAUCCUUUACGCAGCCUGUGAUGCCUAUUGCUUGCUGGAGGUGCACGCCGAGUUGCUGAAAGACCCGGCUGCCUUCGGCCUGAGCUCCGAUAUGGAGGCGAUGAUGAGGAAAGACGGCCAUCCCGGAGCGAAAGCCAAGAAGCCACCGAGGAGGGAGCAGGGACAGCCCCCCACGCGCAAGGAGAUCCCAGCGCCCGUCCCGGCAGACGCCCCCAGCCCUUCAGCCGGCAUCCUGGCACAAGACUUCCGCGUGGUCUGUGACAACAUGUUACAGGGCCUGGGACGAUCCCUGCGCUGCCUCGGGGUGGAUGUCCGGAUCCUGGGGAACGACGAUGAGCACCGGAAGGCUGCUGAGAUUGCCAGGGAAGAGAACCGAGUGAUUUUAACGUCCGGCCUUCCAUUUCAUUCGCUGCGGUCCCAAGUGGGCGAAGGCCGCUGUUUCUCGGUGAGCUGCUCAGAGAAAGCCAGGGAUCAAGUCCUGCAGGUCGUGAAGCACUUCAACGUCCGGGUGGCCUUGGCCGAUGUUUUCAGCCGCUGCCAGGCCUGCAACUGCAGCCAGUACGUGAAGGUCUCCAAGGAGAGGAUGGGGCUGCUGAGGAAGCGGAGUGGCGGCUGGACAGGGCAGGAGGACGCAGAGGCCUGUUUGGGAGAUCCUGGCCCCUUCGCCGCCACCGCCACUCCGGAGCCCCAGAGUUGCAGCCCAGGCUGGCAGACCCCGGAAGCGGCAGGCCCGGAGCUGCUGCUGCCGCCGGGCGUCCGCCUGAGAGUCGAGGCCGUUCCGCCCGGGGUGCUGUGCAAGGAGGACCUGGACUGCUUCUACUGCUGCAGUCAGUGCGGCCAGGUGUUCUGGGAGGGCUCUCACCUGGGCCGCCUGGUCUCCCAGUUUAGGGAGGUGCUGGAGCUGCCGGAAGAGAGCUGAAGGGGGGUGAACCCCCCUCAGAGCCUCCCUCACAGCAGGAAGGCAUGUUGGCAAGGCAAACUCCCCCCUCCCCCCCUUUUCCAGAGGGCUCUUUGGAAGGAUUUCCGGCUUUUUUCCCUCCGGUGCUGUUUUGGCACGGACCACCGUCCCACAGGGUGGAGACCCACUGCAGGCAAAGUUGGGCCCCCAUCGCCCGCUGCCUCUGGUGUGAGGUGGAUUGUUUAGCAGCAUUCCAGACCCCGGGACCAAACGUUCUCUUGCAGGUUGGGGGAUUACACACACACACACACACUCACACUCACACCUACCUCUGCACAGUGCAACUUGGAGCUUUUGCUGUAGAACUGUAUGCUCUCUCUUCCUCUCUCUCUCUCUCUCUCUCUCUCUCUCUCACACACACACACACACACACACACACACAGAGGCACAAAGGAGGUCCUUCUGUUUCUCUGGAGAUAAGAGGCCCAUGCAAGAAAUCUCUCCCUUCAUCCCAGCCAGCCAGCCAGCCCUCCCGCCCCGUUUCUCCUCUGAUUUUUCGCCAGGAGAUUCCCACAGGGAGACCUUUUUUCGGCUGUUCUGAGGAAUCUGGACCCCUUCAGCCUGGAGGGCGGCAGCCUGCUCUCUCU